AUGUACGGUUCCCAGAACGCGGGUCCAUACGUUUUCAGCGGUCCGCAACCGAGUACGAUCGCUCCCGGAACAGCCUUUGACCAUGCCCAGACUCCAUUCCAGCCGGGCAUGCUCCCGAAUCAUACCCAGAGGCCCAUAUCCCAUCAGCAGCAACCCCAGCAAUCCACCCUGCAGCAUCUGUACCACAACCAGCAAGGCCAGGUAGGCGCAAGUUCACGUCCGCAAAGCAGAUCCAGCUAUAGCCCACAAGCUCAAGGUCGUCCAUCCAAUGGGCCUACACCUGCUCCGCUAAGUCAAGGCACUCAUCCAAGCUCCGGUCACAGCCAGCAUCAGACUGCGCUCGCUUCAGCCCAGACGUUGGGGCCUAUGUCGGCGCUAUCAGAGAUGAACAUGGCAACCAAUAUGACGUUACAAGGGCAGCCAAAUCCUACUUUGGCGCAACAGGCGCAGAUACAGACUGCGGCACAAGCAACGCGAGCUGGCGUGCAACCUCAACAACCGACGCGACAAGCAGGAGCCAACGGCGCAGCCUCACCGCUAUCGGCUGCGAGAGAAAAAGCGAGAGUGACUGUAUUGCUUGAGAUCAACACACAUCUGCUACAGGAGGUGGUCUCAUUACAAGCGCAGGGGAAGGCAGGCAUUACACCCAGCCAAGGACAACAGUCACCGACGUCACCUACAUCAGCAACAGAUCCAGCGAACACGGUCACCAAUAGCCCAGGAGACCCGCCAAAAUCCGCGGGCGGGACACCUCAAACUACCAAGCCGCCGUCACAGGAGUAUGCGGAAUGCAUGCGGCGGCUUCAAGCCAAUUUGUCGUACUUGGCCGCAAUCGCUGAUGCAAAGAAGAAGGUCAAUGGUGCUUUACCUGCAGGACCUGCGAUAAUGAUACCACCCCCCCAUCUCCCACAGGUGACCGAACUGUAUAAAAAGUUGAAUGCCUUAUUCCCUGAUGCUGCCCAGUCGAGCAUAAACAAAGCUAUGGCUCAAGCUCAAAGUCAAAAUGCGACUUCAAAACCACCUCACACUCUUUCGAUUCCAACUCCGACUCAGGGCUGA